CGUGUUGUAUGAGAGGUGAUAAUACAAACCCAAUGAAAAUUUAAUGUACAAAAAUAUAUUUGGCGUUAUUAAAACAGAAUAUUAGUGAAUGGUCGUCACGAAACUGAUUAUUAUUUGUAAAAUGUCACCAAGACCAGUCAGCGGCCAUUUGUGUGCCGGUGACACCUGCUCGUCUCAACACUUCCGUGAACAAGAAGACUUCAAAGAAGACACCGACAAAAUGGAAGAACUGGACCAUGAAGAGGCUGAUAACAAUCCAAAUUUUGCUGUCAAAUUUAAAAAUACUGUGAAAAACAUGGCCAAUUAUUUGAAGUCUGAUGGAAAUCGGGCCACGAUUUGUGGAGCAAGUUCAACAGCUCAACCUGAGAAUGAUGCUAAUGCAGGUACAAGUGAUGGUGAUGAUGGAAGUACACGUGAAGGUCAUCUUCCGAAAUGUAAAGGUUUAAGACUUGGAGAUGACUCGGAUAUUAUGAGCGUGGUAUCUAUUACUCAAGAUCACAUUGAUAAGCAACUCCAAUGUAGUGUUUGCUUGGAGGAGUACAAAAUGGAUGACGUCGUGGUCAAAUUGCUUUGUGACCAUGUAUUUCAUUAUAAAUGCGUCAUUUAUUGGAUUCUUUUGCACGGUACGUGUCCGGUCUGUCGCAAAUAUUUCUGCGCCGGCGAGCUCCAUUUGCCGCAAGAGGAGGAAGGCCACGUCGAGCCUACACUAUCCUUGAGGCAACGCGUGUUCCGGACCCUUCGUUCGCCACUGGUGUACUUCUUUCCAAGUCUCAGCCCCCCGCCCGUUGUCUCUCGGAAUACUCCGUUGUACAGAUUGGUGCGUGCGGAAGAAGUGCAUUCAGUAGAUACGGUUAACCGAGCAAUGAACGAAACCCGUGAUAUGAGCGAAGAUUACAUCUUUUAUCACGUCAUGUAUAUCAUGCGGAACACGCAAAACGAACGUCGCCGUCGUCCGUUCAACUUAGAGGAUGAUCCCGUAGCCAUGCGCAUACGCAAACGCUUCAGCCGCUUGCAACGCAUGGAACACGAGUAUGCCCAGAUCUCACAGAACUCGGAGGACCCACAGAACCCGCAAGAGCCACAGAACCCGCAAGAACCGCAGGACCCGCAAGAGCCGCAGGACCCACAGGGCCCACAGAACCCGCAACCGGAACAAUUGUUGUUCGAGUUCCCGUCGGAUGUUGUCACGGCCGAGUACCUGGGCCAUUACUGAGCCUGCGAACAGCAGCCGUAGUUAGUCGCUCGCCGGACAGCGGCAGAGUAUAGCACGAUAGUAACAAUAGUAGUCUGCAAGAUCGUUAGUCGACGUACCGCGUGUACGUUAUAGUGUGUAGUAAUGUUUUAGCGUACGUGUUCAAUACACGUGAUGUUAGUGAUGAACAAAGUUCAUCUGUAGU